AUGGCGCGAUGGGUCGUCCUCAACCUCAAGCAGAAGCUGAGGAUCGAACAGAUUUGUAAAUAUUUAGACGUGUCGGUUGACGGGUUCGAUCAGCUUCAACCAGAGUACAUGACACAAUGCUUCAACCCUCAGAUACUAGAUCGUCCAGACGUCAUCUAUAGCAGCUACGGUGCCUGUAAAGAUGAUGUCCCCUUUUACUCGCCACUCUAUUUUUCCAACAAAUACCUUCGAGAGAUUGAAGGGAGAAACGACGGGUUGGUCAGUCUCAAGAGUGCACAAUGGGGCAAUGACUUUACCAUCGUCGAAAAUUGUGAUCAUCGUGAUGUCAUCAAUUGGAACCCGUGGUUUGAUGCCUUACCAAUCUAUCACAAAAUUCUAUCUUGGCAAUCAAAUCAAGAAGAAUUACAACAAUCUGAAAAUUUAGUUGACAGCAACAGCAACAACAACACCCAACAAAUCAUGUAUUUAUUCACACCCAAUAAUAAUAAUAAUAAUAAUAAUAAUUAUAAUAAUAAAUCAUUAUUAGCAAUUAUAACUGGAAUCCUUUGGCAAAUUAAUAAUUAA